GUUGCAGACAGCACCUAGUUAUAAAUACAGUAUUAAUAAAGUUUGGUUUAUAUUCGUAGUGUUCUUUUUUAUUUCCAAAGUAGAUGUUUGCCUAUAACGCCACUAGAUGGCAUUUUACACAAAUACUAAACAGUAACAUUUAUUAUAUUUGUAUUAGCACGUAAUCUAAAAUAUGUAUUCCUGAGAUUAUUGUAAUAUAUCUUAUAUUUCUUUUUGUUUUGCGGACCAUUUUGCGCCCCAUUGGAAUUGCGCCCGGGGCACCGGAGCAAGAUGCCCCCCCCCCUUUGCUCCUCCCACCAGCUUCGCUACUGCGCUUAUCAAACUAUGACUUGAGUAGGUAUAAUCCGACGUUAUCAUUAUUAAUUACAAUAAUCGUUUGAAAUUAAUAUAAAAGAUGAGGUCGAAGGUGGACGGGAUCAUUACACCUGCCGAGUCCACUAUGAAGCUGAUCGCGAUCGUCCUGUGCGCAUUGGCGGCGCUGGCCGCGGCCGAGGAACCUAUCGAACUCGACUAUCAUAACAAUGUGGGCGUCCCGAAGGCCGAAGCCCUAAAGCAAGCGGAGUUGGCUGCUGACUUCGACGGCACCAGGAUCGUCGGCGGGUCGGCGGCUGCUCUGGGGGCUUACCCGUACAUGGGCGGGCUGGUGAUCACGUUGACGGAUGGUCGCACGUCGGUGUGCGGCUCCUCACUGGUGUCAAAUACGCGGCUGGUGACGGCGGCACACUGCUGGCGCACGCGCAACGCCCAGGCGCGACAGUUUGUCGUCGUAUUGGGUUCCAUUCGCCUCUUCUCUGGCGGCACCCGCAUCACCACGAACCGCGUAGAGAUGCACGGCAGCUACAACAUGAACAACCUGAACAACGACGUCGCUAUGAUCGUCAUCAAUUCCGUCGCUUACAAUAACAACAUUCGCAACAUCGGCCUGGCCUCCGGCACCAACGACUACGCUGGCACCUGGGCCUGGGCUGCAGGCUUUGGUCUUACCGCUGACGGUGGAAACAUCGGCAACAACCAGUUCCUGUCUCACGCGCGCCUGCAGGUGAUCACCAACAACGUGUGCCGGCAGACGUACGGUAGCGCCACCGUCAUCGCGUCCACGCUCUGCAUCAGCGGCGCCAACCGUGUCAGCACCUGCAACGGCGACUCCGGCGGCCCGCUCGCCGUCGGCAACACUCUCAUCGGUGUGACGUCGUUCGGCUCCAUCCGCGGCUGCCAGCAGAACCAGCCCGCAGGAUUCGCCAGGGUCACCUCCUUCAACGCUUGGAUCCGAGCCCGUAUGUGA